AUGAAAAAAAGAGCUUAUCAUCAUACAAUAUUUGUGUACGAUUUAAAAGGAAAUUAUUUGUUUGAUGGAACAUUCGAAAGACCACUGAAAACUAUCCAAGUAGCUGUAUCUUUUACACAUACUCUACGAAUUGUUCAUGGUAGUGAUAAAACAUUAUGCAUUAGCAUACUUGGACGAACUUACUAUUUAGGUACAAAUGCUACCACAACAAGUAGUCAAAUUAGUGCAAUAGCAUUGACAAGUAACGACAGUAAUCUUGUGAUUGAAAACUAUCAGGAUGAACAGGUUAUAUUAAGUGGUGGUACAUUAUUAAACUUACAAUGUACACUAUUUACCAACUAUCAACUUGGUUUAGGUGGAGGUGCUUCUGUUUUUAAUCCAUCUACUAAUUUUUGGAGUACAGCUUCACCACCUCAGGGUAAUAAUUAUGUUGUUCCUCGUGGUCUUAUCGUCAACAAUGGAGCAUUACCUCAUAUUGGCAACUGGAGUAAGCCUACGACUGGUUUGGUGCAUGCUUUUCACUCUGGUUAUUGGGAUAGUUGGAUGUUUGAAAUAGCAUCGAUCAAUAGUACACAAAAUACUACCAUAUUCAGUCGAGGAGAUUUUCAAGAAGUACGUGGUUCGGGAAAUGGAGGUGCAUUUUACGUUGCAAAUAUUUUUGAAGAGCUUGAUUUAUCAAACGAAUGGUUUUUAGACAAAGAUAUUCGUACACUCUAUUUUAUGCCAAACGAAAGUAUGCCUCAAAUUUUUCUUGCUAGUCAAAUUCCAUGUCUAAUAUGUAUUAGUGGCAAUAGUAUUCAAGAUUCUAUUCACAAUGUACUGAUUCAAGGUUUAACAUUAACACAAACCAGUAAUAUUUAUAUGAGAGAUUAUAUGGUACCAGGUGGUGAUGAUUGGACUGUUCAUCGAGGUGGAAAUAUCUAUUUAACAAAUACGAGAAAUAUAACUAUUACACGUAAUUUAUUCAUGGAACCAGGAAGCAAUGGUGUAGCUUUAAUUGAUUACAAUGACGCUACUUCGAUCACUUUAAAUGAAUUCGUAUGGUUAGCCGACUCUGCAAUUAUCCUUGUUGGUAGUACGAAUGGAAUCGAUGGUUUUAGUGUGGUGAGUCAGCCUGCUAAUACGCUUAUUAAAUCAAAUCUAAUACAUGAAACCGGCAUUUAUGUCAAACAAUCAUCAUCUAUACUGAUAUCUGUUAUCGGUAAUUUAAUGUUCAAUAUACCACGAGUAGCAAUUAAUGUCAAUGAUGGAUUUUAUGGAAUUAAUACUCUUAGCUGGAAUAUCAUAUUCAAUACUGUUCGAGAAACAAGCGAUCAUAGACUCAUCAAUACAUGGGAUCGACAACCGUUUUUAAGCGAUGCUGUUCAACGAGGCUUACCUUCACUUUGGCAACAUAAAAGUUAUAUUCAUCACAAUACACUUGUCAAUAAUUACAACUCUUUUUAUCCUAUUGAUCAUGAUGAUGGCAGUUGUUUUUAUGAGAAUAGUUAUAAUUUUCAGGUUGUAUUUUGGUUAUAUAAUUUAUUUCUUAUUUAUAUUGAAUAUAAUGAUAUUCCGUCAAUUGAUAAAUAUCGAAUACAAUAA